UUGAACAGACUCCGAACGGGAAUUUCAAUUCGAAAUCCAUUCACGGUUAAAGGGAAGAGUGGCCUCUUAACCAGCCCCACUCCCCUCAGGAUUCUGGAUCAGUUUAUGAACCGGAACGAUUACCAGUCCGAUUAUGGAUGUAAUCAGACCAAUUUCAGUCUGGUUCGGGUUUGAACCCAGCGACAACUGAGUAGGAAAACAAAAAUACAAAAGUAUAAAUAGUUACAUAACAUAUAGCGAGGUACCAAGUCCAAAAAAAAAGAAAAAACACGCCUCUGUCCAUCACCAGAAAACACAAAAGAAAAGAAUACAAUGGCCACUAUCGCUUCCUGUAUCGUAACUCAUUCUACUUCUUCCUUUUCUCUUCACAAUCUAUUCACUCCAAGAAACUCUAUGUCAGCGGUGGGUUUGCUCUCUUUUGCACCAAGAACCGGCACCUCUCCCUCUCUUGCUACAAGCCUUAUCGCUUUCUCUGUCAAGCAAAAGCCUGGCAGGAAUUCACUUCAAGUGAGAUCAGUGGCUGCUCCAGCAGAAGAUGUUGCUGGAUUUGAUGAGAUGGUUUCUGGCACACAACGGAAGUAUUACAUGCUUGGUGGAAAGGGAGGAGUAGGAAAGACGAGCUGUGCUGCUUCACUUGCUGUGAAAUUCGCAAAUAAUGGGCACCCCACUUUAGUGGUUUCAACUGAUCCAGCACAUUCCUUGAGUGAUUCGUUUGCUCAGAAUUUAGCUGGAGGGACAUUAGUACCAGUUGAAGGACCUGAUUAUCCACUGUAUGCACUUGAGAUAAACCCUGAAAAGGCUAGGGAAGAAUUUCGCGGUGCUAGUCAGAAAAAUGGAGGAACUGGGGUCAAAGAUUUCAUGGAAGGCAUGGGCCUCGGAAUGAUUGUUGAACAGUUAGGAGAGUUGAAAUUGGGAGAGCUACUGGACACACCGCCUCCUGGUUUGGAUGAAGCUAUAGCAAUUUCAAAAGUGAUGCAAUUUCUAGAAUCACAAGAAUAUAAAAUGUUUACUCGAAUAGUUUUUGACACUGCCCCAACGGGACAUACAUUGCGACUGUUGUCCUUGCCAGACUUCCUGGAUGCAUCCAUAGGCAAGAUAUUGAAGCUUAAACAAAAAAUAUCUUCCGCCACAUCUGCCAUCAAAUCUGUUUUUGGACAAGAAGAAACUCGACAGGAUGCUGCUGAUAAGUUGGAACGGCUGAGGGAAAGGAUGAUAAAAGUCCGUGAGCUUUUUCGUGAUACUGACUCCACUGAGUUUGUCGUAGUAACAAUUCCCACGGUAAUGGCAAUUAGUGAAUCAUCUAGGUUGCAUGCCUCCUUGAAGAAGGAGAAUGUCCCAGUUAAGAGACUUAUUGUUAAUCAAAUUCUUCCUCCAUCUGCCUCUGACUGCAAGUUCUGUGCAAUGAAAAGAAAGGAUCAGACGCGUGCUCUUGAUAUGAUACAAAGCGAUCCAGAACUCUCCAGCUUGACAUUGAUACGGGCGCCCUUAGUUGAUGUAGAGAUCAGGGGUGUUCCGGCGCUUCAAUUUUUAGGAGACAUUAUAUGGAAAUGAGUAUCUGUAAAAUAUGUAGCAAUAUAUUGUUGGACAUUUUAAUCUCUGGUAGGCUUUAAUACACAUAGAAUCAAAUCAUCCAUACAAAAUCAAAAUAUUGAUGUUCACACGAACCAGAUCUUCCAGCUACACUUUUUUAGCAACUUACAUGGGAAGCAAUUUUUUCCAGUGGAAAUUACAAAACAUGGAAGAAGGUGAAUCCCCCAAUAUGGCAAGUUACAGUUGAUCCAGAUGGUAUAUUUGCUUGGUGCAAACCCAUCUCGAGGGAUCUGAAGGAGAAGCAUCUCAUUGUCUUAAACUUUGCUUUGACCUUUUAUCUUUAGUUGUCUGUAUGAUUGUUGUUCUUUUAGUAUGUACUGACUUGAAUAAGCCAAUUUCUUCUAGAGAGCUUGAAAUUUUCAGAGUAGGUUUAGAGGUUGAUAUGUACGUCUUUAAUUGAUGAUCCUGACAACCUUACGUACUUGUUAGAAGUAGAAUUAUAUUGUUAAAUUAGAAAAAGAAGAUGUAUAAAUUACAAAUCUUUCUUUGCAGCUUCA